CGGGGAGUUGGCUGUAUUCACGGGUGGGGGCUUUCUCUCUCUCCAUUUUAGAAAGUGUAGUGAAGGACGCUCUCCGAGGCGGCUCCCGGAGGGCGACCACCGGCUUUCCCCCGACGUCUCCUGGUUUUCCGAUCACGUUGACAGCAUGGUGAGGAAACGCAGAACUGAAACUUCUGGUACAGGGGAGAGCUCAGAAUCUUAUGGGACAAGCAGCGCCACUGGGCGAGCAGGGCCCCAGCGGCCAUCAGAGAGGGGUCGUGCUGCACAGCAGCAGGGAGGUGGUGCAGGGAGGGGUUGGGCUCCACCCAGUCCUCAACAGCCCCAGCAAGGUGGUCGUGGUGGUGGGGGAUACUAUCAGGGGCGAGGCGGCCGACCACAACCUCGUGAUGUACAGCAAUUAGGUGCUUCAUCUCAGUACCAGGGUCGGGGUGGGCCUCAGCCCAGAGGUGGAAUGCCGCCUCAGCAACAGUAUGGUGGACGCCGGGGUGGACGUGGUAUGGCUGCCGGACGUGGGGUUGGUCCUUCAGCUGCAGGUCCAUCUAGGCCACCGGCUCCCGAGCUGCACCAAGCAACGCAAGCUCCUUAUCAAGCCACUCAAACAGUCCCAUCACAGGCAAGUUCAUCACGGCUGGUGGAAAUAUCCACUACUGAGGUUGCAGAACAAUUUCAACAUCUCUCUGUUCAAGGUGUAGCUUCAUCCAGUCAAGCAAUCCAGCCUGUGGUUCUACCAGCAUCUUCGAGCAAGUCUGUGAGAUUUCCAGUUCGGCCUGGAAAAGGUACCUUUGGUGUCAAAUGUGUAGUGAAGGCUAACCAUUUUUUUGCUGAACUUCCUGACAAAGACCUUCACCAGUAUGAUGUUUCAAUUACACCUGAAGUUACAUCGCGUGUUGUCAAUCGUGCUGUGAUGGAACAACUAGUGAAACAUCAUAGAGAAUCUUGUCUAGGAGGGCGGCUACCAGCCUAUGAUGGCCGGAAGAGUCUCUAUACAGCUGGGCCGUUGCCAUUCACCUCUAGAGAGUUUCAGAUAACUUUAGUUGAUGAGGAUGAUGGUUCAGGCAUGGAAAGACGGCAGAGGACAUUUCGGAUUGUUAUCAAGUUGGCUGCCCGAGUCGAUCUUCACCAUCUUGAGAUGUUUUUGGCUGGGAGGCAGGCUGAUGCUCCUCAAGAAGCAUUGCAAGUUCUGGAUAUUGUGCUUCGUGAGCUACCUACUGCCAGAUACUUGCCUGUUGGUCGGUCCUUUUAUUCACCUGAUUUAGGGAGAAGGCAGCAACUUGGUGAGGGAUUGGAAAGUUGGCGAGGUUUUUAUCAGAGCAUUCGCCCAACACAGAUGGGCCUCUCUUUAAAUAUUGAUAUGUCCUCCACAGCUUUCAUUGAGCCACUACCUGUUAUUGACUUUGUCACCCAGCUUCUGAAUAGGGAUGUCCAAUCAAGACCACUUUCUGAUGCUGAUCGUGUGAAGAUUAAGAAGGCUUUAAGAGGUGUGAAGGUUGAGGUCACUCAUCGUGGGAAUAUGCGCAGAAAAUAUCGCAUAUCUGGUUUAACAUCGCAGGCAACUAGGGAGCUAACUUUCCCAGUUGAUGAAAGAGGAACAAUGAAGUCUGUUGUCCAAUAUUUUCAAGAGACUUAUGGUUUUACAAUCCAACACACAAAUUGGCCUUGCUUGCAAGUCGGAAAUCAACAGAGACCAAAUUACCUACCCAUGGAGGUCUGUAAGAUUGUAGAGGGACAGAGAUAUUCUAAGAGGUUGAAUGAGAGACAAAUCACAGCUCUUUUAAAGGUGACAUGCCAGCGACCUCAGGAUCGAGAGCUCGACAUUAUAGAGACAGUUCAUCACAAUGCUUACCAUGAAGAUCCUUAUGCCCAAGAAUUUGGCAUCAAGAUCAGCGAGAAACUUGCAUCAGUUGAGGCUCGUGUUCUGCCUGCCCCGUGGCUUAAGUACCAUGACACUGGUAGAGAGAAGGAUUGCUUGCCUAGGGUUGGCCAGUGGAAUAUGAUGAAUAAGAAAAUGGUGAAUGGUGGGAGGGUGAACAACUGGACAUGUAUCAAUUUUGCACGGAAUGUUCAAGAAAGUGUUGCUCGUGGGUUCUGUCAUGAGCUUGCUCAGAUGUGCCAGAUAUCUGGAAUGGAGUUUGCUCGGGAGCCUGUACUUCCUCCAUUAAGUGCUAGGCCUGACCAAGUGGAAAGAGCUUUGAAAGCACGCUAUCAUGAUGCAAUGAGCAUACUCCAGCCCCAGGGCAAAGAACUUGAUUUGCUUAUUGUCAUAUUGCCCGAUAAUAAUGGUUCUCUUUAUGGUGAUUUGAAGCGGAUAUGUGAGACGGAUCUUGGUUUAGUUUCACAAUGUUGUUUGACUAAGCAUGUUUUCAGGAUGUCCAAGCAGUAUCUCGCCAAUGUUGCACUUAAAAUAAAUGUAAAGGUUGGAGGAAGGAACACAGUUCUUAUGGAUGCCCUGUCAAGGCGCAUACCACUUGUUAGUGACCAACCUACUAUUAUAUUUGGUGCUGAUGUCACACAUCCUCAUCCUGGAGAGGACUCUAGCCCUUCCAUCGCUGCUGUUGUUGCUUCUCAAGAUUGGCCUGAGGUGACAAAAUAUGCAGGAUUAGUUUGUGCACAGGCCCAUCGUCAAGAAUUGAUUCAAGAUCUGUUUAAAGUCUGGCAAGAUCCUCAGCGUGGAACUGUGACCGGUGGCAUGAUCAAAGAGCUUCUUAUUUCCUUUAAAAGAGCUACUGGACAAAAGCCCCAACGAAUUAUUUUCUACAGGGAUGGAGUAAGCGAGGGGCAAUUCUAUCAAGUUUUACUUUAUGAACUUGAUGCAAUCAGAAAAGCGUGUGCCUCUCUAGAAUCAAAUUAUCAACCUCCGGUGACUUUUGUGGUUGUCCAAAAACGUCAUCAUACUAGGCUGUUCGCAAAUAAUCAUAAUGAUGACCGAUCAGUUGAUAGGAGUGGAAACAUAUUACCAGGGACUGUUGUUGAUUCCAAGAUCUGUCAUCCUACAGAAUUUGACUUUUACCUGUGCAGCCAUGCCGGCAUCCAAGGCACAAGCCGUCCUGCACAUUACCAUGUCUUAUGGGAUGAGAACAAAUUCACAGCUGAUGCAUUGCAAACCCUGACAAACAAUCUUUGUUACACUUAUGCAAGGUGCACGCGCUCUGUUUCAAUCGUACCACCUGCAUAUUAUGCCCAUCUUGCCGCCUUCCGUGCCCGGUUCUACAUGGAACCGGAGACAUCAGAUAGUGGUUCCAUGGCAAGUGGAGCAGCUGCAGGACGCGGGGCUCCGCCCGGUGGACCGCGUAGUACUAGAAUUCCAGGUAGUGCUGCCGUUAAACCUCUUCCAGCACUGAAGGAGAAUGUGAAGAGGGUCAUGUUCUACUGCUGAGCUGACAAAUCCCUUGGUGGCUGCCUUGUGUUUGCAACUUGACUCCACCUUUACGUCCGUACUACUAUCUUGUUUGACUUCAAAAUGCCACGCAUGCACUCAUUUUGGCCUUCGGUAUGCACACUUGAUAGUAUUUUCUUUGGGAGAACGUACGUAUUUGUAGACUCUGAUAUGUUGCAUGGGAUAUUCUAGUCGUAUGAAUCGUCUUGUAUUGACAUUUUAUGUUAUUGCAUCUUACAUAUAUAUUUAUAGCACUGAGACAUUUACAAA